AUGGCGCUUCCUCAGCCGACCGUCGCCUUGACGGACGUCUGUGCCGUCAUGUUCAACAACACAUUAUACACAUACUCGGCCGAUGCCUUCCAGUCUUUGGCCUUUACAGAGGGCGCCGACUGGAAGAAGCUCCCAUCGGGUGAGUCUGUAACCGGAGGUGUCUGUCUCGGCACGACGCCAGCAGAUGCGGCACAGGCAGGUUUCUACGUGAUUGGCGGAUCGAGCAGCACCAGCAACUACACCGGGCUGCAGAAGUUUACAUAUGCAACCGGCAAAUGGGAGGCAAUCACGCCCGGAUCCCUGGUCACACAGGACCGACUAUAUCACGCAGCGGUCUACAUCAGCGAUUCAGACACGAUUCUCAUGUACGCUGGAUCUCAGGAUGGCCUGACAGGAGAUUCGACCCAGACUUUUACCAUUGGGGCUUCUGCCCCUUACAGUGUGCUCGCAUACGAAUCUAUCGCGCCGCCGACAAAAAACCCGAUCCUUCUCCAAUGGUCGUCGUCCGAGGCUGUCCUGAUAGGCGGCAGCACGUCGAACAACCAGGUGAUGCUGUUCAACCCGACAAGCGGCGGAUGGAAAAACUCGGGAGCCACGCUCGCAACGGCGCUGUCAAAGGACACCUCGUGCAUCCAGGCAGCGAUCGUGACUGGCGACGACAGCAGCAAGAACCUCUACACCCUUGACAUGAGCGUGUCGCCCAACGAGGUCAGCCGUAUGGUUCUGAUGGACGCCAGCGGCCAGCCGGUGACGAGCUCUGCCCCCGUCAAGCGGGCGCUUCCAGGCGAUUAUUCGGCGGCCGGGCAGCAAUGGAACGACAUGAGAGCACGGGCAGACACCCAGUCUCUCACGCUUAACAGCUGGCCUACGUACAACUCAUCGCUGGCGCCCACGGUCACCCGCACCGGGUUUUCCGUCGCAGAAGGCUCGAACGGCACGAUUGUGGCAGCGGGAGGUGGCGGUAGCGAAAUACUCUGCGUGUUCAACGGCAGAGAAAAUACGUGGCAGAACGCCACGCAGAUUUUCAGCGUUGCGCAAAAGAACCACGCCAAGGUGUCCCCGUCGGCAUCGGCAUCGGCAUCGUCAACACCGACGACUUCGGAAGUGGCAGCGUCGUCGGCAGCGACGUCUUCGGCAGCGGCGACCUCAUCGGCGGCGGUUGUGGCCACAUCACAUGGCCCGUCGUCUGGAACAAUUGCAGGCGCCGUGGUAGGCUCAAUUGCCGGGCUGGUCAUCAUUCUGCUCGUCGCCUUUUUCCUGAUCUUGCGCCGGCGUAAGCAGAAGAGCCCGAAGGACGCAGCUGCUCACAACCGCCAAAUCAGCGAGGGUGGGUCGUCAGAGAAGGAUGCAUAUGACUUUAUCAACGGGAACUCGAUGCCGCGGCCGAUCGGUGGCGGGGCUGUAUUCCGGGGCAACCACCAGGCGCAGGACUCUCAAGGCUCCUUCUCGUCCGUUGCAAUUCUGAUGGGCCGUGUCAACCAACCGCGGCCGGUGUUGACGAUGCAGCGCAACAACGGCGGAGACGCGAAGCGAGACUCGGCGGACAGCGUGUUCAAGGCAUUCAAGAGCACGAUCAGCAAGCCGAUUCCGCGGACAGUGGAAGAGCAGAGCGUGGGAGUCGUGGCAGUCCCACAGCAGGCGCAGUUUGAGCGAGCCGGCUCCAGUCCGUACGGCGGCAGCGUGCCGCAGGCAAGACCAAUAACGGAGCAGUCGCUGCAGCCGGACAACACACGUCGGUCUUCGGGCUGGAACCGGUACUGGUCGGGGGGCAGUGCGCUAAACAUUAUUGGAUUCGGAAGCGGAAAUGGGAACGCAGCGGGCAGUGGAACAGGCAACGCGACCCUGCUGAACGCCGACUCGAACCGGACGACGGUUCUCAGCGACGCGAGCAGCCGGUACUCGGCGGGCGACCAGAGCCAGAUGAUUCAGGAGUCGGCCAGAGUAGCGCCGCUAGCGAUACCCGUGAUGCCGGAGGCUCGGCCUCAUUUCCAGCGGGUCAACUCGGGCUCGCCGACGGUGGCAACGUUUAAUAGCUUCCUGGCCAACGGGAUGCAGGGCAAGAUUGAGCGGUCGACCAGCCAGUCGUCGUCGCGGUCGGGAUACUCGAGCGGGAUUCCGGGCAGCGUGCACGAGGCGUGGGACCCGACAGGCUACAAUGAGAAGCCAUGGGGGACGGACAGGGCGCCAAGCAGCGCAUAUAGCACGCCUCUGACACCGUCAACCGGUCCUGGAAGCAAGAAGUACGUUCCGACAGGGAUGAGUCAGCAGCCACAGCUCGCCAGUGCCAACACGUCGUCGGACAUGAGCUGGCUGAAUCUGGGAGAUGUUUCCCGGCCUAUAUCUGUCCUCAUAUCGACGAUGCCUUCUUACUCGGCGUCUCCGAUCGGGCUGCUGACGGCGGGCACGUCAAGCAGCGCGGCGCCGGCCGGCCAGCUGACGUUGGCGGUGCUAGGCUGUGGCGCGAUGGGGAUAGCGAUCCUGUCGGGGAUGCUGGCGUCGAUCGCGGAGAUGGACGCACCACGUCCGCUGCAGGUGGUGGCGUCGGGGCCGAGCAGCGGGCACAGCAGCGGGCACGGGGGCAGCAGUGCCUCAGGGACGUCGACGCCGGUGUCAUCGGCCACGGAUGAGGUACCAGAGCGACUGCCAGGACGAUUUAUCGCGUGCGUGCGGCGAACGGAGUCGGCGAAGAAGGUCAAGGCAGCCCUGUGGGCGCACUCGUCGGCGGUGAAGGUGGUGCAGAACGACAACGUGCACGCGGCCCAGCUGGCCGACGUGGUGCUGCUGGCGUGCAAGGCAGACGCGGUGCCGACACUGCUGGCCGAGCCAGGCAUGGUGCUGGCACUGCACGGCAAGCUGCUGAUCAGCAUCUGUGCGGGCGUGACGGUCGAGCAGAUCGAGGCCGACCUGCACGGUGGCAUGGUGCCGACGCUGGAUCCGGCCGUCGAUGGGCGCUGCCGCGUCGUGCGGGCGAUGCCCAACGCGGCCGCGCUCGUGCGUGAGAGCAUGACCGUCAUCGCCGCCUCGCAGCCGCCACUGCCCCCUUCCCAAGCUGCUCUGGUCACGUGGAUUUUCCGUCGCAUCGGCGAUGUGGCCUAUCUGCCGCGCGAAGCCAUGGACGCCAGCACCGCCCUCUGCGGCUCCGGACCGGCCUUCUUUUCCCUCCUGCUCGAGGCUGCCAUCGACGGUGCCGUCGCCAUGGGCCUGCCGCGCGCUGAGGCCAUCCGCAUGGCCGCUCAGUCGAUGCGUGGCACCGCUAGCCUCGUCCUCCACGGCGACCAUCCCGCCUUGCUGCGCGACCGCAUCACAACCCCCGGCGGCUGCACCAUCGGUGGCCUCAUGGUGCUCGAGGAGGGCGGCGUGCGCGGCACCGUGGCCCGCGCCGUUCGCGAAUCCACCACCGUCGCCAGCCAGCUCGGAAAGGGCGUCGAGGGCGUCAAUCGGACGCGGCACGAAAACGGGACGUACCUCGAGAAAGCCCUGCAUGAAACUGGACGGCAGCUUCUUCUCGCCCCGGAUCGUCUCCUCCUUGAAGAAGGCCAUGACGUGCGGCGUCUGCCGCCAGAAGUUGCGCGUCUCCUGGUAGUCGGCCGAGCUCUGGAACAGGAGCACGUCCACCACCGGCAGCUUGUUGACAAACCGGUGUCGCUCAAACUCCUGUCGGAUCCGUGUCCGCACUACUGCCACCGGCAGCGGUACCUGAUACAUCGUCUGGAUCUCCGGAGCCUGCGAGCGAGGUCAGCUUCCUGCCAAUCCCACCUGGAUGCCUCUCCGGGACGUACAGCUCGGAUCCAUUCGCGGUAUGCCGACAGCACUCUCCGCCUCGCCUCGGCCCAGCUCGUAGCUGUGAACAGGCCUCUCGUCAGCGCUCGUCCGGAACAGUCCGGCAGGAAGGGAAAGGAAGAGGGGAAAGGCAGAGACAGCCUGUUCCGACGUACACUGCCGCGUCACGCGCGCAAAUUCGGAAGGGGAGAUGGCCAUUGGUAA